AAAAAAUAUAUUUGUACCACAAAGAAUCAAGGGAGUUACAGAGAGAGUGGGAGAGUUCAGACGAAACUCCGAGACGAUGCUGUGGUCGGGUCGAGUGUUGGGAGUCUCGUACCCAGUAAAGCCGCCUUUACCGUACAGUUUUCCUCAUUGGAGCGCCAAAUUUUGUGAUGUAAAGCCUAAGCUCCACACGAGAUGGCGACCCAGGGCCGCCUACCCCGAAUCCUCCUCUUCAUCGUCUUCUUCUUCUUCAUUUGCUGCCUCCAUAGAAUCCGAUCCUACCGACAAGAACGCCUCCGGAUUCUGUAUAAUAGAAGGCCCUGAAACUGUGCAAGACUUUGUCAAAAUGGAAUUGCAAGAGAUUCAGGAUAAUAUUCGUAGUCGUCGGAACAAGAUUUUCUUGCAUAUGGAGGAGGUUCGCAGGCUGAGAAUACAACAGAGGAUUAAAAAUGCAGAACUUGGAAUUUUCAAGGAAGCUCAAGAGAAUGAACUUCCUAAUUUUCCAUCAUUCAUUCCAUUUUUGCCUCCUUUGAGUUCAGCAAACCUCAGGCUGUAUUAUGCCUCCUGUUUUUCUCUUAUUGCCGGGAUUAUAAUUUUUGGCGGCCUCCUAGCACCCACUUUGGAGCUUAAGUUGGGAAUAGGAGGCACAUCAUAUGAAGAUUUUAUCCGAAGUAUGCAUCUACCAAUGCAGUUGAGUCUGGUUGAUCCAAUUGUGGCAUCAUUCUCUGGAGGAGCAGUUGGGGUCAUCUCAGCAUUAAUGGUAGUUGAAAUAAACAAUGUAAAACUGCAGGAGCAUAAAAGAUGCAAAUAUUGUCUUGGAACUGGAUAUCUUGCUUGCGCUCGCUGUUCAAGCACUGGAGCGCUAGUUCUCAUUGAACCAGUGUCAACAGUCCGUGGUGGAGAUCAGCCUCUAUCGCCCCCGAAAACAGAAAGAUGCUCAAAUUGUUCAGGAGCUGGAAAGGUUAUGUGCCCCACGUGCCUAUGUACUGGAAUGGCAAUGGCAAGUGAACAUGAUCCUCGGAUUGAUCCUUUUGACUAGAGCUGCAUCUUCGAGUAUGGACAUCUUGCCCAUAAAUUGUCUUCUUGCACUCGAGAAUUAACAUUCCUCUAAAGAGUAUAAGCAAGAUUUAUGCUAUCGAGAACCAUUAGUACAUAAUGUUCGGAAAUGGAGCUUGAGCCACCAAUGUUCAGAAGAAACCAAUACAGUAUUUGUUGAUAACACGGUGACUAUGGACAUCUUGCGCAUAAAUUGUCUUCUACCAUCGAGAAUUAACUAACAUUCCUCUGUAAAGAGUAUAUAUAGUAAGCAAGAAUUAUACCA